AUGGAUUAUCCGACAACAAAACCAACACCACCAAAAACCACUACUACUAAUACACAACGGCCAACGACUACUACUAUGUCCACAACCGCUACUACUACUACAACUACAGAUCCGCCUACGUCGACGGUCCCCAUCACCACCACUACCACUACCGCCACUACCACUACCACUACCACCACAGUACCAACUACAACCGCUACAAGGACGACCACGACACGUCCAUCACCACGUCCAACAACGACUACGACCACCACCACUACUACAGAUCCUCCUCCUCCUCCCCCACCACCACCACCACCAUCAUCAUCAUCAUCAUCAUCAUCAAUAACAACAACUACUAUCGUUACAACUUCUUCCGAUGCCAAUUCACCUUCUACUCCUACCUAUUCAAGCCCUACUAGCACUUCUCACCUCAUCCCUCGUCCUACAAUUUCCACAUCUAAUAGUAAUGGUUCUGGUAUGCCUGUUGGUGGUAUCAUUGGCAUUGUCCUCGCAGUCCUGGUCAUCCUCCUUGCAGCACUCAUAGGUGUCUUCAUGGUCAGUAAACGACACCGUCGUAUGUUAAAUCGCAACAGCAACGCUAGCAUGUUCAGUCCUUUGAACUUGGACAUGCAAGAGAACCAUCUGCAACAUCCACGCAAGGAUCCAUUAUCUUUGCCUCCAAUUCCUAGUUCUCCUGGGGGAACCAUCGCCACAACAACAACAACUGCCGCAGCAGCAGCAGCAGCAGCAACAGCAGCCGUUGGCGUUGGCCAUGGUGCUCACGGCAGUUACGGCAGUCAUGGUGGUCAUGGGGCUCUGCAUACAAUGAAUGGUCCGCAAUCUUCAGAACCCUUAAAUUAUCAUAGAACAAGCGGUAUCUCUGGAAGAUCUGAUAGCCUCUAUAUCCCAUAUGAUGGCGAGUCGCAUUAUCUCGGUGGUGGCGUUGGCGCUGAAGGAAUGGUGAAUGGUUAUAUGCCUCAAGUCGAUCCCAUGUACGGAUAUUAUGCAGCCGAUCUACAAGACACAUUUGGCCAAUACGACCCUGAUUAUAUUGCUCAACUACAGGACCCACAGGAUGAUGCUGCAGCUGCAUACCAUCGGUAUCCGGAUCAGCUCUAUCAGCAACAUGGAGUAAAUAUGAAUGCGCCUGUCACCUAUUAUAGCCCACGGGAUAACAAUAAUGCAACUGCGAUGCCUUUCUACGAUAUGCCGAAUCGAGAUUAUCAAUUCCAGUUGCAACGCUCCUCUGAUAUAGUGCCAUUGGAAGCGACCCGUUCCACAUAUGUGGAUGCAGAGAGUGAAGCACAUGGUGCCACAAAAGACACGCCUCAGCCCUCAAGUCCAUCACAUCCUCAAUCGCUAUCUCAGUCUCAGUCUCCCCAGCUUCAGCCUCAGCCCCAGCCUCAAUCACCGUAUCAAUCUUCAUCUCUAUCUCCUUCUUCCUCUCAGUCCCAGUCUCAGUCCCAGUCUCAGAUAGGAAUGGAGCACCGUUCCAGCAUGCUUAGCAGUAGUUCUUCCUCCCGUAGAAACCCUCAAUUGCUGUUGAAAAACCAAAAUCCUCAGUUCGUAGAUAAUCAUAACAAGUAG